AUGACUGAGGCAAACAUGACCGAAGCUGAUCAGAAUACUACUGUCAACCAUGAUGCAGCUUCACAAGAAGGAAACACCGCCGGGCCUCCUUCUUAUGAAGCUUCACAGGAUGAACACACCACCAAGCCUACUUCUUCUGCCCCAGUAUCCGAUGCUGGUGGGCAGACGACUGGCGCAUCGUUUGAUCUAAAUGGCGAAACAUACUCAAUCCGCGACGAGGCGAAUUACUUCAUAGUCCUAGAUUCCAGCAAGACUGGAGCCUCUGGCGACAUUACCAGAAUAGUCUCUACUGCGUAUAGAUCCAACCCGGAUGGCGGGAUGAUCACUCAACACGGCAAUCGAAUUACAGUAACCCCAUUUAAUAAUCAGGCGGAUACUUGA